UCUAUUCAGGCAAACUAGGGCAGCUCCGGGGUCCUUUGGCCACGCACGACGUCACCAGUCCUUCCUGGGUCCUCAGUGGGGAAAACGUGGGGGACUUUACUUCAUGGUAUUUUGCGCAAUCUCCCUACAAACUAUCUUCUUGAUCACUGGCCCUCACAAGGAUCUACAGACAAACACCGCCUUGCCGAGUUGAUAAAGAUGGAGUACAUACAAGCUCCUGCCACAAGCAGCCAGGGGAACAUCCUGUGCUGUACCUGUGGGGUCCCUAUUCCUCCAAACCCCGCCAACAUGUGCGUAGCCUGCCUGCGCACUCAGGUCGACAUCUCGGAGGGGAUCCCCAAGCAGGUCACAGUGAGCUUCUGCAAGCAGUGUGAAAGAUACCUACAGCCUCCUGCUACCUGGAUGCAGUGUGCCUUGGAGUCCAGGGAGCUGCUGGCCCUUUGCCUGAAGAAAAUAAAGAGCUCAAUGACCAAAGUACGUCUCAUUGAUGCCGGCUUCCUCUGGACAGAGCCACACUCCAAAAGGAUUAAGCUGAAAGUGACCAUCCAGAAAGAGGUGAUGAAUGGUGCGAUUCUACAGCAGGUGUUUGUGGUCGAGUUUGUCAUCCAGUAUCAGAUGUGCGACGACUGCCAUCGUGUGGAAGCCAAGGACUUCUGGAAGGCCGUGGUUCAAGUUAGGCAGAAGACUCUUCAUAAGAAGACUUUCUACUAUCUGGAGCAGCUGAUCCUCAAACACAAGCUCCACCAAAAUGCCCUCAACAUCAAAGAAAUCCACGAUGGCAUUGACUUCUACUACGGCUCCAAGCAGCACGCUCAGAAGAUGACCGACUUCCUCCAGUGCACCGUGCCCUGCAGGUCAAAGACAUCCCAGCGCCUCAUCUCUCACGACAUCCAUUCAAACACGUUUAACUACAAGAGCACCUUCUCUAUGGAGAUCGUACCUAUUUGCAAGGACAACGUAGUGUGCCUCUCGCCACGGCUGGCGCAGAGCCUGGGGAACAUGGGUCAAGUGUGUGUGUGCGCCCGUGUGACCAGCACCAUCCACCUCAUCGAUCCCAACACCCUGCAGAUUGCCGAGGUGGACGGAAACACAUACUGGCGUACCCCCUUCAACAGUCUCUGUAACCCCCGGCAGCUGGAGGAGUUCAUUGUUAUGGACACCGAGAUCAUCAGAAACCAGAAGCUGGGAGCUGGAGCCGGCAUUAGGUCCAAUAAGCACACCCUGGCCGAGGUGUGGGUUCAGAAAACCUCCGAGCUGGACACGAGUCAGCAGUAUCACUGCCGGACAUUCCUGGGCCACCUGCUCAACAUCGGAGACCUGGUGCUGGGGUUUGACUUUGCCAAUUCCAACGUCAAUGACGAGUACCUGAAUAAGAUGAACCCUCACCACGUCCCUGAUGUGGUGCUGAUCAAGAAGAGCUACGACCGCAGCAGGAGGGUGAAGCGCAGGAACUGGAAGCUGCAGGAAAUGGCCAGAGACCGUGAAGGCAUGGACACAGACGAUGAGAGACAAUACCAGGACUUCCUUGAGGACCUGGAGGAGGAUGACGCUCUGAGGAAAAAUGUUAACAUCUUCAGAGAUGCAUCAAAGAUCCCAGUGGAGAGCGACAACGAGGAUGAUGGAGCACCGCGGAUCUCGCUCACGGAGAUGCUGGAGGAGCUCAGCCUGUCGGAUGCCACAGGAGGAGAGGGCGCCGACAUGAUGACAGAGUAGCCGAUCAUCAUUCUGCCCGAGUGACACUGACAGCUGAUCAGUCAAAUACAACACCACUGACGAAGACGAAGAAGAAGUGAUAAAAGUACACACAUUUAAAACUGAUUGAGGACAAAUUAAAGAAAUCCACAAAUAAUGUCAUAUUGAGAAAACACCACUCAGAAUGUGAUAUAAUGAUGUGAAACCCAUAAACUGUGUUAGGGGUUAUAAGGGUUUAUCACGCGUGUUUCUGCUCAGAAACUGGACUUUCAGUUUUGUUAAACUGAUUGUUUACCUCCUUGACAUCAGCUCAGUGGAUUUCUAUACCAACCUUUGGUCUAUGAAAUUAAGAAUUUCAUUUUUCUCUUAAUGAUUCUCUGCAUUUAUGCAAAUUUUGAACUGACGUAGAAAAAGAGUGCUCCUAGUUAACUAUAUCAAAAUAAAUAUAUCACACUCUUCUGACAGUUUUUGAUAUGAAACACAUCAUCUGUGUCCCUAAUCCAGAGUGUAUAAUAAAACAGCAUGUACUACACACUUA